CCAUGCUUCUUUCUCUCUCUCUCUCUCUCUCAAACAUGAUAUAUUAAUAUUCGAGUUUAUAUUAACGCCCACCGUCAUCUCUCGUCAUCGACCGUUCGCGAAUAAGAGUGAGAUCGUUCGGAAAAUCGAAAUUGUUACUUAUACCAUUCCUUUCCAGUUUCUUCCUAUCCUUCAUCCUCUAUCAAGAUCAAAUUUUAUCGUGCUUUUUAUGAGAUUUCCUUUGGAUAAAAAGAUCGAAUAAUUUCUCUAUCAUCUGAGAAGAAGAGACACGCGGGGAAUAUGUCCGCAUUUGGCGCCGGUUGAAUCUUCGAUAUAUCAACGAGAAUCACGGUUAUGAAAAUGUCAUCUUUAAGAACACAAUCGACUGGUGGUGGUGUCCUAGGUUUGAGCAGUAUUUGCUCUGAUCGUACAGGAGCCACUUCAAUUGCUAGUGGUUCUCAUUCUCAUUCCCAUACACAUAGAAAACAUCAUCACAGUAGAAGUAGAAGUGCUCCUAGAGCACCAGAAAAGCCACCUAGAAAACGUCAUCUAAAUCCUGGACAUAGCUUGGUCUCCAUUCCAAGUCAAAUUAAAUUAUCAAUGUUAAACAGUGGCCUCAUUUCUUUUGCGACAGAAGAACUUAGUAGUAGUAUGAGCACUACAUUACCUACAGCACCAACUGAACUUUCACAAUUUCCAAAGCUUUGUGAGCUUCGAAGAAAGUUUCCAGUUUUAUAUCGUGUAGAAUUUCAAACAGCAGCAAAGGUAGAAUCACAUUCAUGUAGACAUGCUAUAAAACCAGUGAAUAAAGAAAAGAAUCAAAACCAGAAAUGUAUUCCAUAUGACUAUAAUAGAGUGGUUUUGGAUACAAUAGAGGGUGAAACAGAUUCUGACUAUGUUAAUGCAUCUUAUGUAGAUAGUAUCUUGAAACCAAAUGCUUAUAUUGUGACUCAAGGUCCUAUGGAAAAUACUGUAACAGAAUUUUGGCGAAUGGUUUGGCAAGAAAAAGCAUCUUGUAUAGUUAUGCUUACAAAAACUUUUGAUUUCAUACGAGUCAUGUGCGUCCAAUAUUGGCCAGCAAGUAAAGAGAAGGAUGAAGAAUAUGGAGGUAUUGGAGUUUCAAUAUUACAGGAAGAGCAAUUAGCCAAUUUUCAUAUACGUACAAUAAAACUUUAUAAAAAGGAUGAAAGCAAUGAAAUUUGUGAAGAGAGAACAUUAUUACAAUUUCAUUAUACAGAAUGGCACUCUCAUACAUGUCCCUUUGGUAAUGCAGUGUUAGAAUUUCGUCGCCGUGUUAGAGCAGUUGUCGGAUCUACCAUAAAAAAUGAAUCAGGUCCUAUGGUAGUUCAUUGCAAUGAUGGUGGUGGUCGAUCAGGAGUGUAUCUUGCAAUAGAUGCUAAUAUGGAGUUAGCUGAAGAAGAAGAUGCCUUUGAUGUAUUUGGAUAUUUAAAAAAGUUGAGACAAAGUAGAAGAGGACUGAUAGAAAAUUUGGAACAGUACAAAUUUGUAUAUGACACAUUGGAAGAAUUUGUAAUAUGUGGUACUUCAUGGUUUCCAGUGUCGGAAUUAUCGCUACGUUUGAAACAAAAAGGUAUAAAAAAUCCCAUUACUAAAAUGAACGAGUAUUUACGAGAAUAUCAACAAAUAUGUAAGCAAACUCCACGAUUUACGAUCGGAGAUUGUGCAGGAGGACACAGAGCUGAUAAUCGUGAAAAGAAUAGAGAUGUUUUGGUUGUACCACCUGAUAACUUUCGACCAUAUCUUACUAGUUUCCAAGGGAACAAUUUCACAGAUUAUAUAAAUGCUGUCUUUGUGGAUGGCUACACAAAACCAAGAGAAUACAUUGUCACUGAGUGGCCUCUACGAAAUACAUGUGGUGAAUUUUGGUCUUUGGUUUAUGAUUAUGAGUGUGCAGCAGUUGUUGUAUUAUGUGUACCACCUCAGGGUUCUACAAAUUUUCCAAGUUUUUGGCCCGAUGGAAGGCAUUCCAAAAAAUAUGGUCCUGUAUUUACUAUUGAUCAUAUUAGUCAUAAUCAUUAUACGAAUAUUAAAACUUGGGUGUUUAGAAUAAAUAAAAAAAUUAUUUCAUUACCCGAGUUAAUGGCAGGAGUGAAAGCACCUCCAAAAACAGUUCAAUUAUUUCAAUUAACGUGUUGGCCUAUGGGCCAUAAAGUACCAACAUCUACAAAUAGCUUAGUAGAAUUAAUGAAUAUGGUCGAACGUUGGAGACAAAGAACGGAUUAUGGUCCAGUAGCAGUCGUGUCUCCUGAUGGAAGAAGUCGUUGUGGUGUUUAUUGUGCUGCCAAUGCAUGUAUAGAACAAGUAAUACAACACGGCGAGGUAGAUAUAUUUCAAGCUGUGAAAACAGUGCGUAGACAUCGACCUCAGCUAAUAGAGAAUAUGACAGAGUAUAAGUAUUGCUACGACUUAGUUCUACAUUAUGUGCUGCAUUAUUUGAAUAAAGAUAUGAACGAAAAAAAGUGAGAAAGCGAGUUGGGGGACGAGCUGUGGUUCAUAGAAUUUGGUCGUGGUGCAGCGCUGCCAU